UGGUGGGAGGUAGAAGAGGAGGAUUCAGAGUUAAGUUAUCUGUUAAAAUAAACUGUUCGUGCUAUACGCACGUUCAAGUGGCCGAAAGAAGCUAUGCAGUGGGUAGAAUUUGUUGUUUAUUUGAGAAGUGACCACUACGCAAGGACACGUGCGCGCGUAGUUAUCCUUCGAUAAAAUCAUCGUCUACCAUUUAAACAAUUGUAUUGUCGUCGUCGUCGUUUACUUCUUCUUCUUCAUCAUCAUCCUGUUAACUGUAUCUAUUUUAUUCGAGUCUUCUACCUAUCAUGGACAACGAGAAGAUUAAACUAUUUAAAGAUACAGCUAUCUACGGUUAUGGAACAAGUAUACCUCCUAAUAAUAAUGAAUCCGAAGAUGAGAUAUCAUCGAAGAAAGUGAUAUUCUGCGUUCAUGGAAAACUAUCUGGUUGUUGUACCAUUGUUAAAGGAAUUGACGAAAAUGCGCCGCCCGAUUCUUCCAUAUUACCAGAAGAUCAUUGUCAUCGAGAAAGAAAUAAAGAAAUUGACAAGAAAGCCCGGAAAAAGCUUUUACUUGCGAGUGCUCUAUGCGUGUUCUUCAUGAUAGCUGAAAUAAUCGGUGGUGUACUAUCUAACAGUUUGGCCAUAGCUACAGAUGCAGCACACUUGCUGACCGAUUUCGCAUCAUUCAUGAUUUCUCUAUUUUCAAUUUGGGUCGCAGGAAGGCCUCCAACAAGAAAAAUGCCAUUCGGUUGGUAUCGUGCGGAAGUGAUAGGUGCAUUAACGUCGGUCCUGUUGAUAUGGGUUGUCACUGGGAUUUUAUUCUACCUCGCUAUAGAAAGAAUAAUUAACAAGAAUUUUGAAUUAGACGUAACUGUGAUGUUAAUUACUUCUGCAGUUGGUGUUGCGGUAAAUCUAGUAAUGGGUCUAAGUUUGCAUCAGCAUGGUCAUACUCAUGGUGGACAUAGUCAUCAUGAUCACGAUGAUCAUGAUAUGAAAAAGAUAACAGACAUAGAAAAUAUGUCACACAAGGAUGAACACAAAAAUAUAAACGUUCGUGCUGCGUUUAUACACGUUGUAGGAGAUUUUAUUCAAAGUAUAGGAGUUUUUAUUGCAGCGUUAGUUAUCUAUUUUAAACCAACGUGGAACAUAGUUGAUCCUAUCUGUACUUUUCUAUUUUCGAUAUUAGUCAUGCUCACGACCGUGGCAAUUAUUAAAGAUGUUAUGAACGUACUUAUGGAAGGAAUGCCUAAAGGAUUCGAUUAUUCUCAAGUUGAGAAUACGUUCAUGCAAAUCGAAGGUGUUGUGAAAGUACACAAUUUGCGGAUUUGGGCUCUUUCACUCGACAAAACCGCUUUGUCAGCACAUUUAGCUAUAAAACCUGGUACAAGUCCGCAAAAUAUUUUACGUACAGCCACGAGAAACAUUCACGAUACUUAUAAUUUCUUCGAGAUGACGUUACAAAUAGAAGAGUUCAACGAACGAAUGGAAAACUGUGAACAGUGCAAAGCUUUAACACAAUGAAUAUCAUCGUUUAAAAUUAAUAUCAUGGUAUUUUUUCCAUGUUGUAUGACGAGCUUCGACAUCGAUAAAUAUUUCUUUUUCUUCGUUUUUGUUUGUUACAUGAAAAUAUUAAAGUAAA